AUGGAUCACUUUGUCACCUCGCUUUUUAUGUCAGGAGAGCAGUGUGUGGAUUUUCAAGACAUUCCUGAGGUCGCUAGACGAAACCCGAACAUCGCAACCCAGGUUGGAGGAGCCACAAUAAAUGACAGAAGGCUCCCUCAAGGGUGGUACGGCGCCGGUAACUAUGUACUUGAGGAUAGUGCCCCUGGGUUCCUCCGCUGCGGAUCACUGUACCCGAUAUGGCGAAAAAGUAUUUCUGGAACAACAGCAACCAUGUGUAUUCAAGAUACAUCUAACACAUGUUCGAAUCAGUUUACCGUACAAGUUGAGGACUGCAACGGCUACACAGUCUACUAUCUGAUAGCAUCACCUAUUCAUCAGAGCUCCUACUGUUUCCGUGAGAUCACUCCCAACUCGCCAACCUACAGUCCCAAGCCAACUGUCGUCCCUGAUAUUACUGAUACAAGUAUCGACAAAAGUGACCUACUUUUCCGCUGUACGUUUCCCCUUUCGUCCGACCAAAGACUGUUCCACCAGACCACGUGGUAUGUCAACGGCGUCGUUGUACACCAGCACCAACCUAUGAUAAUGUUCAAUGCCUACAUUGACAACACAGAGAUCACUCAAGCGAAGCUUAGCGCAGAGGGAAUAACACAAAUCGGGUUCAAUGUAAGUCACACGCAGCUUUUCAUGACGUCUAAACACUUUGAUAGUCGGUUAUAAUACGAUUUCUUUGUCUAGAAAGAGUAGACACUAUACAAUAGUCACAGCAUGUACAAUACUCGGUGUUAUAAAAAGCUGAACAUUCACAAAUCAGACUCAAAAUA